GAGCGCGGUGGGCGGCGGGGCCGGGCCGGGCCGGGCCGGGCCGGGGCGGGCGGCGGUGCCGGGGCAGUACAGUCAGCCUGCGCGCUGGGCACCGUGCGGGCGUGCGGCGGCGGCCGGCAGCGAGGCACGGAGGCAGCCAGCGUCCCCGCCACGACGCGGCGCUGAGGCUGGGCGCCCGCCGCCGCUCCCGCCCCCCUCCCCGGCACACAAAGGCAACCGCAGCUGGACGGGCGAGGGACCGCGCUCCACGCCAGGGCUCCGGUGCAGCGUCUCGGCUGGUUUUCUCCAUACUCAUGAACAUACAAAGGUCAACCCCUAUCACGAUAGCACGAUAUGGGAGACCGCGGAAUAAAACCCAGGAUUUUGAGGAGCUCUCGUCCAUACGGUCCAUCGAGCCAAGCCAGAGUUUUAGCCCGAAUCUAGGCUCGCCGAGCCCGCCGGAGACCCCGAACUUGUCGCAUUGCGUUUCUUGCAUCGGGAAAUACUUAUUGUUGGAGCCUCUCGAGGGAGACCACGUUUUCCGAGCCGUCCAUCUGCACAGCGGCGAGGAGCUUGUUUGCAAGGUGUUUGAUAUUGGCUGCUACCAGGAGUUAUUAGCACCAUGUUUUUGUCUGCCUGCGCAUAAAAAUAUCAACCAAAUUACUGAAAUAAUUCUUGGGGAGACAAAAGCGUAUGUGUUCUUUGAAAGGAGCUAUGGGGACAUGCAUUCGUUUGUUCGUACCUGCAAGAAGCUUAAAGAAGAAGAGGCAGCCAAACUCUUCUAUCAAAUAGCUUCCGCUGUUGCACACUGCCAUGACGGUGGACUGGUACUGCGAGAUCUCAAGCUGCGAAAGUUUAUUUUCAAGGAUGAAGAAAGGACUAGAGUGAAAUUGGAAAGCCUAGAAGACGCUUAUAUUUUAAGAGGAAAUGAUGACUCUCUUUCUGAUAAGCAUGGAUGCCCGGCCUAUGUGAGUCCAGAGAUCUUGAACACAAAUGGCAGCUACUCUGGCAAAGCAGCGGACGUAUGGAGUCUAGGUGUCAUGCUUUACACCAUGCUAGUUGGACGCUAUCCUUUCCAUGACAUUGAGCCUAGUUCCCUCUUCAGCAAGAUCCGGCGUGGGCAAUUUAACAUUCCAGAAACUCUAUCCCCCAAGGCAAAAUGCCUCAUACGUAGCAUACUGCGUCGGGAGCCAUCAGAAAGGCUGACUUCACAGGAAAUUCUGGACCAUCCAUGGUUUUCUACAGAUUUUAAUGUAUCGAAUUCAGGAUAUGGUGCUAAGGAAGUAUCAGAUCAGCUGGUGCCUGAUGUCAACAUGGAAGAAGAUUUGGACCCAUUCUUUAAUUGAGCACAAAGACUGGUGUUCAGAAGGUACACAACCUGGAGAUGGACACAUGAAGGAGCCCUUCCUGACGGUGUUAAAUCACAUCCUGCAUCAGCCUAGCUUGGUAGCAAAAGACACUCGGAGGUCCUCAGAUUAAGAAGGAACCUCCACAAGGAGCUAAUAUAACAAAUGUAGCAUGGGGACAGAUUGGGGGGGUGGGGGGGAGCUUGCUAUCAGGUUAGAUUGAUUUGGAGGAGAAAAGGCAGCAUGGAGCAAUUGUAGCUUCUCACCUUUCUGGAGCCAAGGAGACUGCACAUGCCAAUUCUGGUGCAGCUGUAUCACUCCUGUUUCUGUUCCAUUAAAAAAUAGUGGUAACUCACAACAAAUAGAAACUUUUUGCCUCAGCUCACAUCUUGGCAUCGCACUGUUAGAUAUUUAACUUCAGCCAUUAUUCAGGGAAAGUACAAUUGGCGAACUUUUUUUAAUCGGAUGUCUAAUAAUAAAUGGGAUUAAUUUAAGAAAAAAAUUAGGUGCACAAAGACGGACAUGAAAAGUGGGUGCUAAAAACAAACAAAAUUUCAGUUCAUGUCUCUUGAUAGCUAUUUUCAACUCAUUUCUUCUAAAUAAACUACUUAAUAUUCUUGUCAGGAAAUGACAUUUUAAUGCUUUGUUCCCUUAAGGGGAAGUAACUGUCAUUUAACAAGCUGUUCUGUUUUGUGUCAAAUGGUUUGUUGCAGGAAGCUAUUAUAACUCAAACUUCCAGAUGCAUUACUGCUAUAAUAGGAGAAAAAAAAAAAAAAAAAAACCUAUGUAACUUUCUUUUUUUAAAAAAAAAUAAAAAAUGAUGAGAUACUGGCUUCCAUAUCUGCCAUGCUGCACGUAUAUGACUAGAGAGGGCAGAAGGCCCUUAAUCAUGUCUUUAUCUGAGAACCGAUCUCUUCUUCACCUGACUGGCCCAUAUGUAAAUAGAGGGCUCUUUAUUAUUGAAGAAGAGUAUUGUGAGUUUUUUUUUUUUUUUUUUCUUUGAAUUCCUCUCAACUUGGGAAAAGAAUUGUUUGGGUUUGAUUUUUGUUUAUGUCCAGAAUAAGAAAUAAGAGGGUAUUAAUAAGCUGAACAUUUAUAUUACAGAUAUUCCUCUUGAAACAUACACAGUAAUAUGCACCUUUUGUAUUGUCAAGACUUAUUCUAUUUAUUGAAGAAAAUGUCACAGUAGUGAUGUAUUAAGCCAGUACUUCAAUUACGGGUUGACUUGGGAUGACAUGUUACAUGCUGUAGUUAACACACUUCUUUUCUGUUCAGGUAUUUCUGUCCCUAAAUAACUUUUUAUUUAGCUUUUUUUUUUUUUUUUUUUUCUAGAUAGCUUUAUUUGAUUUAGACUGGCAAAUGUUUUUAUUACUGCUUUUAUAUUGCUGUAUGAUAUUGAAAUCUCUUGGCAUAAAUAUUUGUGUUUCCAGUACCUCAGUUGUUCUGAUAUUACUGCCUGUAUACGUUUUGUGAAGUGGUCAUGUUUUUUGGGUAGGUACAUGUGGACUCUGUAGUAUGUAAAUGUUACUUGAAUUUGUGCUUAAUUAUAGUAUGUGGCAUGUGCGUACAGCUACUUGGCAUUUGACGUAUGGAUGCUAUUUGCCUGCCUUGCAGGAAAGUUACGGUCCCACUCUCAAGAGGAUGUUUCACAGUUCUUUAUCAAGAGACAAAGCUAGCUGCAGCUGACCUGCCUUGGUUCUAUUUUGGUAACUAAGAAUAUAAAGGAGUAAUGUUUUUACACUCUGAAGAUGGUGCUGUGUCAAGAAGGACUUUUUUUUUAUUUUAUAAGUACCUUAUAGGAGGAAAGAUUGGUGAUGUGCAUGGUGGGGUUUUACUGCCUCUGGUGCUUUGUCAUGUAUUUGGUUUAAUGUUUUUGUCCUAAUCUCUUCAAUAAAUAAAAUUGUGCAUAUUUAACUAAA